AUGGUGCCCUUCAAAUAUCCUACCUGCAAGACAACACUUGGUAAUAAUGACUCUCGGUCUAUCAUCCAGUAUGACCACCAAUGCAAGAGCAAAAAGAAGUCCAACAGCAUAUUACUUCAAGGCAUCAAAGGGCUCUGCCAUAAACUAGAAGAGACUAGAAAGAAAAGAGAAAAGAGAACAGAGAGGCAGAAGGAAGUUCAAGAUGUGACACUGCACAUGCCAUGGCUUUACGAUUCCAAUAAGAAAACACUAAAAGAUCUUGAUCACCUGGUGUAUGAUGCAAUCCUUCAGCCAGAUUUCUCAGUCAGCCAUUGCAAGGGCUUCAGCACUGCAAAGGAGGCUCAUCAGCUCAACAAACCUGAUGUCUUUCAGUCUGAUGUAUGGAAGGAAGACAGCAUUGAAAUCUUGCUUCCACAGAAAGAUUAUGCUUGGAGUUCAGAAGCAGAGGCACACAUUGCAAAGAUUGAUGGUGUAUGGCACUGCUUACUUACUGAGAUCCUAAUGAGUGCUUUUCAAGACCCAUCAGCAUCCAACUUCUAUCUCAAAGGAUAUAAGGACUUCUAG